AUGGAUACACAUGGUAUACUUGAAAGAUCAGGACUGGUGGAGUUAUGUUGCUCCACAUGGAAAAAAAUAGUUGUUGUGAAGGAUAAGUUUCAGCAAAAAGGAGACAUGGAAAGCUUUGUAAAACAGAGAUAUCAAGUCAAGCAAGGAUACCAAGAUCUUUUCCCCGAGCAUCCUAAAAUCCCAUGGUGCAAUCUGGUUUGGGACAGACUUGUCAUUCCAAAACAUAGAUUUAUUCUAUGGUUAGUGUUUUGGAAAAGGCUGAACACAAAGGAAAGAGUAAGCAAGUUCAAUCAAAACAUAGACAUUACCUGUGCUCUGUGUGGCAAAGGUGAUGAAACCAUUGAGCAUCUGUUUUUUCAGUGUGAUUAUAGCUCAGAAUGCUUGCAAGAGAUCAAAGUGUCUCUGCAAUGGAACACACCAGCAGGGGAUAUCUUCAAGCGGCUACAACCCUGUCAUCAAACAAAAAAGUUUUCUGCAGCUAAGAAGAGCAUGGUGAAUACAGUUGUGGCUAGCCUUGUGUAUCACAUAUGGAAAGCAAGAAAUGAAGUACUUUGGAACCACCAACAAUGGCUCACUAGCAGAACAGGGAAGCAAGCCAAGCAGCUAAGUAAGCUGAGAAUCCAAGCUUGGCCACCUAAAAAGCAAGGAGAGAAGACACAGAAUGGAUACUAG